AUGGAGAACAUUAAAACAGUCCCACUACCACAAAAAGCGGUAAUUGUCAGUAUUGUGAUAUUAAUUCUACUCAUUUCAUAUUCGCUUAGAAGCAGCAAUGACGUUGAAGUAAAUGAUGAAGAAAGAAAUAUUACUCUUUGUCAAAUACGUGCUCAAUUCGAUGGAUCGGAUGGAUUUGAUGAUCGAACACUUCUUUCAUUAUUGGCAGAAUUAAAAAUGCAGGAUUUUUUAAUCGGACAACCUGUAUGGGGACCAUUGGAUACUCUUAUUUAUCUAUGCGAGCAUCGUCUUAAAGUAGGUUUGAAGCUGUCAAAACUUGAAAGAGCAUUACACAAUGUGAUAAGAAAUGGCCGUGAAUCAUCCACACAUCUUGCUUGGUCGUGUGCUUGA